GAUAGGAUUUGUUAGUCACCGUCCACCUUCUCUUGUUAUCCAUUUGUUGCUUGCAAGUGCCUAGUUGUAUAACUUCUUAACCUACGCACCUUUCCCUCCUUGUUUUUUCUCUUCAACCUCUAGAUUCCCCCAUGGAAGUCAUGGUGGGACCUACCUUCGGCAUCGAGGUUGCUCCUUCGCCGGCGUACUCUCGGGACAAUAUCUCUUCCUCUGCUUGCCUGUUUAUCAAGGAUGAGGUUGGUGGCGGAUCGGAUCCCAGGACUCCGGAUCUAUCCUCCGACACUUCCUCCUCCAUCGGAUCUCCCGGAGAUAGCGAUGUCGAAGACGAAGAAGAAGACGGCGUCGUUUCAUCUGCUGGUUUGGCUUCUCUGUCUUCCGUAGAGGACUCUCUUCCCAUCAAGAGAAGAUUGUCGAAUCACUAUGCGGGAAAAUCAAAGUCAUUUGGAAAUCUUUCAGAUAUAAGUUCAGUGAAAGAGGUGCCCAAAGUGGAGAGUCCCUUCAACAAAAGGAGAAGAUUGUUGCUAGCAAAUAAAUGGUCAAGGUCCAGGAAAUCAUCAUUCUAUUCAUCGCAAAACCCAAAUUCCAUGCCCCUUCUUGCUUUGGUUGAAGACGAUGAUGAAGAUACAGAGAUUAAACAAUUAACAUCAGUAAAACCAAAGCUGCAGCAAAGCAAUCUCAGAGCUAGUUUCAAGUCCCAAAGUUGUUUUUCUCUCACAGAUCUGCACGUACAAGCACAAGAAGAAGAACAUCAAUAAAGCCUUUUCUUAGUUUUUACCAUCGAUAUGCUUUAGGAUUUAGAUUAGCUCAAUAUUUUUUUCUACCUAGUACAAGUGUAUAUGUAAAAAAAAAUUAAAACUUUUUUAUAUAAAUAAAAUCACUUCGACCGAUUUUAUUU